ACUUAAAACGGGACAGCGGCGCAGCAAGCAGCUAUUUGUGUGCUCAUGCUGUGCUACACAACUACUCCUACUUCCUUCAUAAAGCUUCCUGCGUCUGCUCUUGUUUGAGCGGAGGUUCAGGGUAGUAGAGAGGUAGAAGACGGCUUUGCAGUUCGUGCAGGGCUGCUCCAGCGAAGCUGUAUCCAGGUAGAGCAAGACGUCAGCUCACUAGCUCAGUCGUCAGUAUUCAUCAGCAGACAGCAGUGCAAGCUAGGAAGAGAAGGGACACGUUCACCGGGGCCGAAUCGUGACGACAUGGACGGCAAUGCGAGGCCAGCAGCGAAUCAAAAGAAGCCCAUCGUCACGGACGACGACCUCGUGGAGCUGUUGUGGCACAACGGGAGCGUCGUCGCGCAGCCCCAGGCGCACCAGCGGCCGGCGCCCUCCGACCGCCCGGGCAGCAGCGGCCUCACCGGCGAGGAGACCGCCGCGUGGUUCCCGGACACCCUCGACGACGCGCUGGAGAAGGACCUGUACACGCAGCUCUGGUACAGUAGCAUCAUCGACGCCGCCCCGCACCACGGGGACACGCUCCCGGGCCCUAGCUCGCCGCCGCCGCCGCCGGAGCUGGCGCACCCGGUGACGCCGCCGGUGGGGAGCAGCGGCGUCGAGUCGAGCUGGGCUGGCGACAUCUGUUCGACCUUCUACGGCAGCAACCAGGUGCCCGGGAUGCCGGCAGGGGUCAACAGGGGAAAGGACGCGUCAUUUCAGUCGGAGGUGCCGCACGGCGCCGGCGCCGGUACAUCGUCGUCCGGCGGGUCUGGAAGCAACUAUGGGGGAUCCGGGCUGCCGAGUGACAGCGGCCACGUCCAGAAAGGGAAGGGGAUCUGUAGAGACGACUCGGAUAGUCGGAGUGAGGAUGCCGAGUGUGAGGCAACUGAGGAGGCCAAAUCAUCGAGGCGAUGCGGAACGAAGCGCAGGACUCGCGCAGCUGAAGUUCAUAAUCUUUCUGAGAGGAGAAGAAGAGACCGGAUCAAUGAAAAGAUGCGCGCCUUGCAAGAGCUGAUACCGCACUGCAACAAGACUGACAAAGCGUCGAUAUUAGAUGAGACAAUUGAGUAUCUGAAGUCCCUCCAAAUGCAAGUUCAGAUCAUGUGGAUGACUUCUGGGAUGGCACCGAUGAUGUUUCCUGGUGCUCAUCAAUUCAUGUCACCAAUGGCUCUAGGCAUGAAUUCAGCUUGCGUCACUCAGAUGUCAUACAUGAACCUUCCCCUGCCAAAUCACAUCCCUUUGAACUCAUCUCCAACUAUGAAUCCAAUUAAUUCACCAAGUAUCGCGAACCAGAUGCAAAAUGUUCAUCUCAGGGAGGCAAGUAAUCACUUCCUUCACCAAGGUGGCGGGCAAAUAUCGGUACCUCAGGUACCAGGAACCCAUGUUUAUGGACCUGAAAUACCACAAGCUGAACAACACAAUAGGAUACUAGAAGUGCCAGCUAGUACCGUCGCGGCAACCUCUCGGGCAGGACAACUGCAUACUUAUGGUGGAGCUUAGAAUGAUCAAUCUUGAUGAGGACUGCAAUGUCGAUUUGCACAAGGGUCUUCUUUCUGGCAAUCAGUGAAAAUGCUGAAAAUGAUGAGCAGAUGAAAUCCAUAUUGCUGUACUACUCAGAUAUGACAAUAGCAGUCUAGAUAUGCACGCUAUAAGUACAUGUAAAUGCAGAUAUCCAUUUUUCUCCCCCAAGACGCUCACUUUGAUUCCCACUGCAUUUACUAAUUUAGCAUUAUUAUUCAAUUAACAGUAGAUUCCUGGGAUGUACAUAUGGUAACAAUUUUCUUUCCAUAACUGUUAUAACUGAACCAACGAGAUGUUUGCUGUUUCCUUUCCUUUUUCAGUUUUUCUGUUUCUGAGAAAUGAUUGUUGUGAACAGAGAUGGAUUUUGGAUACCAGACCUCUAAAUCCAGAAGUACAGAUCAAUCAGUCUUGUCUUUUUGCCUGGUCCUAUUUUCUGGGGAACCAACACAUACAACGUUGAUCUUAUCUCUAUUGCUUACUAACACCAUUUUCUUCUUGUGGAAAGAUUUGAUUCGCAGGACAGGAGAUGAGCUCGCCAGUCCAUCACCUUGCCAGCUUAUAUUGGAUCUGCUUGUGGGCCACAUGACACGACAUGCUUAAUGGCAAUAGUUUCAGCAUCCUCCUGGAGUUCUUGUGGCUCACGGCAGCUGGGAGAAUCUGUGUGGAGCCCUAUACUUGCGCAGCGCCAGCCUCUCAUCUUCAGCACAUGCUACUGGGGCCUGCUGACUGCAACUGUUGAUAAUAGGAUCAGGUGCUCAUAUCUCAUGAGGUUUUCUGUCAACCACAUUUGGGUCCGAUCCCCUGGCACUCCCUCGUUACCGUGCUGUUGCUUUCGUCUAUUGGUUAUUCUUUGGAUGCACAUAGCUUGUCACUCGCCUGUGCCUUCAGAAUGUUUGGAAUACAAAUAGUGAACUGCCCUCUUUUUUUUU